GUAGAGAAGAGUCAAGGCGAAGUAUACAGGCUCAAGGCCAGAUUGGAAAACGCUCAAGGCGAGCAAGAGAGUUUACGAGAAGAGUACGAUCGAGCACAGGCGUCUGUGGCUCGUCUUCACGCCGAGAGAGAUAAGGCAAUCGGCGAGCUUGAGAAAUCGCAGGAAGAGCUUGAACGUACGCAGGCUACUCUUGGUAAAGCGCAACUUCAACAGGAUAAGUUGCAAAAUCUUUUGGAUAAAACUCAAAGUGAGGUCGACAAGCUUCAAGAAAAGCUCGAUAAAACGCAGACCGAAGUUCGAAGAAUGCAAAUGGAAAGAGAGAAACAGAACUACGACUUUGAGAACUUGCAAAGUCAACUUGACAAAGCGCUAGGGCAGUCAACGAGAAUGCAGAAGGAACGUGAGACAAUUCAGCUUGAAGUUGAUCGGUUACAAGACAAAUAUGAAAAGGCUCAAAUUAUAAUGCAGCGGCUGCAGAAAGAACGAGAUAAUUUUCAAGAGGAAAUGGAAAAGAUGCAUGAGAGGAUAGAACUGCAGCAGAAUCAAAUAGGUAAAAUGCAACGCGAAAAAGAAAACGUGUUAUCGGAACUCGAAUUGGUGAAAGAGAGAUGGGAGAAAGCGCACAACACUCAUCAGAAAUUAACACUCGAACGAGACGAUGCUCAGACUGAAAUUCAGAUUCUCAAGGAGAAACUGGAAAAGACUCAGUAUUCUUUGAACAAAGCUCAUGAAGACCGGGAGAACACUACGAAAGAAUUUGAAAAGAUGCUGGAAAAAUAUGACAGGUCUAAGUUGAAUAGAUGUGCCUUGAAGGCCCAAUGCCCUGUAAGAAGACCGAUACACAGUCUUUGUCUGUACUUACUCAUUGUCAGUAGUUCCUUUGUCCUACCUGGCAAUUGCUGA